AUGAUUUGUGAAGUAACCUAUAGCAAAUAUAUACUGCAGGAUUACAUUGAAAGACUAAACGAAGAGAGAGGCUGCAGAUUUUUUUUCUUUUUCGCAACUCGCAGCAGAGAUGUGGCAGCUCUAAACAGAAGACAACUUCUCAGUAUUUGUUUACUUUACUUAAAAAAUAGAAGAAAAAAGGUCAGUUUGAUGAAAAAGGCAAUAGCUAUGUUAUUGCAUUACGAAGAAAAGAGAAGCAUAAUUGUUCGUCAAUAUUUGCUUCAUAUAGAAGCAAUAUUAUUAAUGUUACAAGAACAUGAAGAAAUUAAACGCCGAGAAGAAAGGAAAGCACGAUCAUGUCGAAGAUUCUUGCGUAAUACUGGAUGGUGGGAUCUGGUACGAGAUACUUAUAGCCCAGAAAGGUUUUACGAAACAUUAAGGAUGUCUCGCACGACAUUCAACUACAUUUUAGAACGCAUACAUGACAAGUUAUUGAAAAAAACAGUCACAGAAGCACCCAUACCACCGGAUUUUAGGCUUGCCAUAACAAUUUAUAAAUUGGCACGUGGUGAUUACAUUUUCACCAUUGGAGAAAUGUCUGGAUUAGCAAAAUCUACUGUUUGUGUAAUUGUAAAAGAAACUUGCAGUGCAAUAAUAAAUACAUUGUGGGAUGAUACAGUUACAAAAUACUUCCUAACCUCGAGUGAUGACUUUGAAGAAAGCAUGGCAAAAUUUGGUGAAGAGUGGCAAUUUCCAUACGCUUUCGCUGCAGUAGAUGGUUCUCAUUUACCAAUUAAAUGCCCAAACGGUGGAGCUCAAGCUAUGAAGCAAUAUUUCAACUUCAAAGGUUUUUACUCAAUUGUGUUAAUGGCACUUGUCCAUGCUGAAUACAGAUUUAUUUGGGCCUCAGUUGGUGCUCCCGGAAAUACCCAUGAUUCCACAUUAAUGCAAUCAACAGAACUUUGGGAUCGAAUAGUUGCAGGAAAAGUUAUUCCCAAUAUUGUUCAACAAGUUGAAAACGUCGAUAUACCGCCCCUUAUCUUAGGAGACGGUGCCUUUCCAUUGAGAACGUGGAUAAUGAAACCACACGGAGAUGCAGUACUUCCGCAUGACAAGAGGUAUUUCAACUAUAGACACAGUCGUGCUAGGCUUGUUACAGAGGGUGCUUUUGGUAGACUUAAAAGCAGAUUUAGAGUUCUCUUCAGAAAAUGCGAAAGUAACAAAGAAACAGUGAAACUAUACGGAUUAGCUUCUGUUGUAUUACAUAACCUAUGUAUUGAACUUGGAGACCUAGUCCCUAGAAAGUUCGAUUUAACUCUAGACCACGCCUCAAACAAACGUUUGAGUCCUGAGGAAGUUAGAGAUGUUCUUGCACUAAGAAACACGAAACAAAAGAAUUUCGAAAUCAAUAAAAAGUCUGCUUCCGCUGCAGUCCGAAGUGCUCUUAGUAAAAGCUUUUGGAAAGAAAAAGAAGAUUCUCAAUAA